AUGGUCGCAGAAGGAUCUGGCGACCAUGGACUUAGAUGCAUUGCGACCGACACUCCGACUUGCUUCACGCCUCUUAUAGUGCAAUACAUCGAUCUACUAUCUCUCUGCGAUCCUCGAUCAAGCGAACUACGGUACGAUCGACCCAAAGUAUUUAAGACCGGAAAGCAAUCCCAAUUGGUUUCGUGUGCCGGACAGUUUGAGUUCUAUGAAGGAACUAGCCACCCGUGCCGCCCUAGACGACUUGGUUCUCAGGACCACAUGGCAACUGCUCGAGUCCAAGAUAUACCCGUUUAUCGCAGAGGUGUGUCGCCAGCCAGCUUUGCAAUCCAGUGGACACCAGGCACUGACGGCGAAUCGGCAAGACUCAGGUACAGUCUAGUAUGCGCUAUUGCGUUGGUUCAUGAGGUCAUGCAUGCAUUCUGGGAUGUCCGUGGCGAUUAUCCAGAAGAGGGCAUCCUCGCGGAAGCGCCACCAGAGCCAUUCUACAUGGACACACGCAUUGCCGAACUAGGCUUCCAAUGGCAAACUCUUGUGUUGGGCGGCGAAUUCUAUGGUAUCCUCGAGCCAUUUAUAUUCCCGUACGGCGCAAGGACAAGCCGAUGGCCUGGCCCCACGGAGCUUGCAGAGCGGAAACACACCGAACUACGCAUGAGCCUGCGCCAAUACGGCCACGUGAGGAACUGGCAGACACGGCAUGCCGUUUCGAUGGACUGGGUGCGAUCGCUCUUCACCGAUGGCUUUUGGAAAGAGAUAGAAAGGAAUGGGGAUGCAGGGCUCAAGAUCAAGAUCCAACGCAGACUAGACGCCAGACGGAAACUUGAUGAUGAGUCUCAAUGGCUGAAGGGCGAAGAGCAAGUGCCGUACGACUUCAUCGAGUCGCCGACAAGCGUUUUGAGCAAUGAAGACGAGGAAGACUGUCAGGGUCUUGGUAUCGUGGAUCGUUACGAUGUGGGCGAGAAAUGGCACAUGACCAAGAACGAUUGGAAGCGACAUGGUUCAAAGACAGACCCACCCGCAUCAUCUUUGAUCUCGGACUUUGAUCAUGACAUCGAAGAGUUGGAAUGA